AUGUCCUUCUUCAACGCCGCGCCCUCGUCGUCGGCGCUCGCCCCCGCCUUCGUCCCCGCGCCGUCGGGCGAGCGCAAGCGCAAGGACAUGGACAUGGACGCCGAGGACCACAUGGCCCGCCAGCAGCAGCAGCAUGCCGGCAUGCACGGCUGCGCGCCGCCUCGCAAGAUCGCCGUGCCCCGUCGCUUCGCACCCGGCGCCGGCAUCUCGCUCGACCUCUCCUCGCCGGCACUCUUCCACGACGCCGCGCAUCUCGCGGCCGCGCAGGCGCACGUGAGCGCCAUGUAUGCGGCGCAGCGCGCCAUGCUGCCGCCGACGCCCGAGUCGAGCCCGCUGGGCGGCUACUUUGGCCUGCCGCAGCCAGGCCACAACUGCGCGCCGCAGACGGGCAUGCAGGGCGCAGAGGAGGGCUACCCCAACGUGCGGCCGUAUGCGGCGGAGCCGAUGGCGACGCCGGAGCGCAGCCCGGGCCUCAUGGGCCCGUGCAAUGGGUACAAUGGCUACGACGGCGGCAUGGAUCUGGACGGCAUGGAGCGCAACCUGCAUGGCCCGCACUGCGCCUCCAUCCCGCAGCUCUUCGUCAAGCACCUCACGGGCGCACAUGCAGGCUGCUCGGAGCUGUGGGCCAAGUGCACCGACUGCGGCAACGCCAGUCCCGUCGAGAACAACGCGAACCGCAGCAUGAGCUACUCGCCCUGA